AAUUACUUUAACCAUGAUCACUUUGGGUUAUAUUGCAAUGUCACUGUUGGUCGUGUGUACAAUACUCGGCAGUGGCCAGUCAUCUAUACUCAAACCGCAAUCAACUUUUGAUAAUUUACCAAUUGGUCAAAAUAUUGUCUUUACUGUAGACAAUAAAUUAGGUAUCAAUUUCAACAUAAGCUGUUCAUGUAUUGGUGAUCGACCCGGUUAUGAAUGUUGCAAAAAAUUCAAAGAUGACGGAAAUAAAUGUAUUAAUAGUAAACUAGAAAAACCAAGUGAUGAGGAAACUAAAAAAUGGACAGACGAUCAAUUGGAUCAGUAUUUUUGUUGCGGUACUACUAUAAUGUUUGACUGUGUAAAUGACAUAUCCAAGACUAAAUGUUCAUCAGAAGAUCAUAAGUUAUAUAUCGAUAAAAUUGACAAAAGCACCAAACAAUUCAAUCAAAAUGAAUGUGUGAAUCACAAAAUUGUGUCGGGUCAAAUUGAUUAUUGUCGAAAAAUGUAAUAU